CACGAAAUCAAGUCAAAAUGGCAGCAGAAAAGAAAGAAAAGUCCCAAGUCCACAAACUUGCGUUGAGAGGAUCAUCGAAAACCGUCGCUGAAUUUUUCGAAUACUCUAUCAACACAAUAUUAUUCCAAAGAGGGGUCUAUCCGGCCGAAGAUUUCACCCCGGUUAAAAAAUAUGGGCUCAAUAUGUUGGUGUCUUCGGACGACCAAGUCAAAGCCUACAUCAAAAAAAUCAUGUCACAACUAAACAAAUGGAUGAUUGGCGGCAAGAUCUCGAAGCUGGUGGUCGUCAUCACAAGCAAGGAAACAGGCGAACACGUUGAAAGAUGGCAAUUUGAUGUUCACAUGACGAGCAAAUCUGCAAAGCAUCGACCAACGAAGAAGUCUGCAGACAAGGAGAACACAGCGCCUGAGGACGCCUCAUCAACACCAGUCGAGGCUGAACCAGAAAAAACAGAGGCGCAGAUUCAAGAGGAGAUUCAAGCCAUAUUCCGGCAAAUCACCGCGUCCGUCACUUUCUUGCCUGUCCUCGACGGAAACUGUACCUUCAAUGUGCUCGUCUACGCCGAUGCAGACUCGGAUGUUCCUGUCGAAUGGGGAGAUAGUGACGCAAAGGAGAUCAAGAAUGGAGAGAAAGUCCAGCUACGAAGUUUCAGUACCAGCAAUCACAAAGUCGACACGCUGGUCAGCUACCGUCUCUUGGACUAGGCUCAGGGAGCAAGUCUAAGAUGGCGGUACAUGAAGGCAACAGUGGCGUUUGGGUGAAGAUGAGAGCAGUAUCGGACUUAUUUGAGUCUGUGGCCCAACUCGCCAACCUGAAAUCAUGAGCAAUGAUUGAGUGCAUUCUUCGUCGGGCACUUUGUUGGAAUCUAUUAGCGUGGAGUUUGGGACUGCUGUUGGGAUGGGGCAGAUGGCUACUUGAUGUAAGCCGCCGGGCAUGAAAAUAAGACCAAGACAUUUUACACCCCAAAGUGAAUUUUU